AUGAGACAGAUCGCUGCUCCAGGCUGUUGGGCGGAAGUGACGAUUGACAUCGCUCCCAUCACCAACGUCAUUGAGUCAAGUGGGGGCCAUCAUACCCUCACUCGACUUCCUGCCCCUCGGGGGAAAGAAUCAGAUUGUCUAGUUUCUUCUUUUUCUCUUAUUGGGCCUUCGCUCCUGCGUCUCCGCCCAUUUUCGGAACUCCGAGCCAGCCGACGUGCGGUGUGGGCGUGGCCUCGGUGUACUUGUUGUGGCGCUGGGCGCAGCGUGUUGUCAGUGUGCGCUUCGGUCAUGUCGGUGUUUCGUGUUCUGCGCUGCUCAGCAUGGAGAGGGGCUGCCUCCGCCGCCUACAGUACGGCCGGGGAGGGCGGAACUCCUCCGCCUGGUGCCCCGGUACCCCCCGUGCCGGCUUCUCCCUGCUCUCCCCCACCUUCUCCUCCACUUCCCCCCAAUGCACCCAACCCGAGCCGCCGCUUCUCCUCCAUCUCCCCCAAGAUCGACAACAAGACUUUCCUCUGGUCCCGCUAUGGGGAGAUGAAGAAGCUGGUACGAGAUCUCUUACCCCCUGGAGUAUGUAACCUUCUGAAUGCAUCUACCAUCUACGCCAACAAUGAGCUCUGUUUUGAUGACAUAGAAGUGUAUGGCUUUGACUAUGAUUACACCCUGGCACUCUACUCAAAUGCUCUGCACUCCAUGAUCUUCAACACUGCCCGAGACAUCUUGGUGGAGCAGUACAAAUACCCUGCAGGAAUCUUGAAGUACGAUUAUCUGCCCAACUUUGCUGUAAGGGGUCUGCACUACGACAUCAACAAGGCUCUCCUGAUGAAGAUAGAUGCAUAUCAUUACAUUGAGUUGGGCACAGUUUACAGGGGCCUGAAGCCGGUCCCAAAUGAGGAGGUGUUGGAACUCUACAAGGGAACACACCACAUCCCACUUCACCAGGUCAGCGGGUUCUACGGCAAGGGUCCCAUGUUCAAGCAGUACAUGGACAUUUUCUCUCUGCCUGAAAUGACACUUCUGGCUGUGGCCAAUGAGUUCUUCAUUUCCAAUAAAAUUGACUAUGAUCCAGCCCAUCUGUUCAAAGAUGUCACUGAUGCAAUCAGAGAUGUCCAUGUUAAAGGCUUUAUGUACAAAUGGAUCAUGGCAGAUCUUGAAAAAUACAUCAUACGUGGGGAGGAGACUUAUACCGUUCUGGACCGUUUUGUCAAACAGGGGAAGAAGCUUUUCCUCAUCACCAACAGUCCUUUUAGUUUUGUAGACAAAGGGAUGAAGUACAUGGUGGGCCAGGACUGGAGGGACUUUUUCGACGUGGUAAUCGUUCAAGCAGACAAACCUAGUUUCUUCAAUGAUUGCCUCAAGCCCUUUCGUCGGGUGGAUGUAAAUGGAAAUCUGAAGUGGGAUAGGAUUGAUGGGCUGGAGAAAGGACAAGUCUACAAACAGGGAAACCUAGUUGAUUUCCUUCGUUUGACUGGCUGGAGAGGGUCUAGAGUGUUAUACUUUGGGGACCACCUAUAUAGUGACCUUGCAGAUCUGAUGUUGCGUCAUGGCUGGAGGACAGGAGCCAUUGUACCCGAGUUGGAGAGUGAAACCUAUAUUGUUAACACUGAGCAAUACUCUCAGUCCCUGACUUGGAUGCAGGCACUGACUGGUCUGCUGGAGCGUAUGCAGAACUUCCGUGAUCCUGAGUCGCAGCAGAUUCUACAAGACUGGAUGAGGGAAAGACAUGAGCUCAGGGCAGUGACCAAGAACCUCUUCAACCCUCAGUUUGGUAGCAUUUUCCGCACCUGCCACAACCCCACCUACUUCUCCCGCCGCCUCUGCCGCUUCUCCGAUCUCUACAUGGCCUCCGUCAGCUGCAUCCUGAACUACGACUUGAGCUAUACCUUCUUCCCCCGCCGCACCCCGCUGCAGCACGAAGCACCUUUGUGGAUGGAUCAGCUCUGCACUGGAUGCAUGAAGACUCCAUUCCUGGAAGAAAUGGCUCACAUCCGCUAAACAAGCACCGGGCCUUUGUAUCUAGACUUAAACAUGACUUGAUGAUUUUUAACUUUUUUAUUUUUUAUUUUUUUGUUUGUUUUUACUUUUAAACCAGUGCUGUUUGCACAUUGGGGAGCGCAGUGUUUUCCAGGCCAGAUGUGGGACAGUUAAACCAUCUGUGCCUGUAUAAAUAAGCUGGGUAACAGGGUGUACUAAAAACUAAGAUGCUUUUGAAGAUCUUCCCUUGUCCAUUGGGGCCCUUGACUUAAACCAGCCCUUAAAGUGGACAGAUUCAAGACUGGAACAAUUGUUCAAAAUGACUAUCGUACUAUAGGAGUGUUUGGCCCUCCAUGUUCUGGGGCUGAGGAACAGGGCCGACUGAUGGUUACUACUUAAGUGACACUUUUUUGGCUUUGCGCCCGCUAAGGGAAUAAGCGGUUGGACCAGAAUGUGUGAAAUAUUUGGGACUUAACCAUAUGUUGGCAAACAUCUGCUUUUGCUUUUUACACCAAUGUAGGCUUCUCGCCAUGAGUUCAUAUGACCGAGCUUCAUAACUAGAGAAAUACUAAGCUACAUGAUGAUGGCAGUGUUGACGAUUGUCUGCAAUAUACCUUACAGUAAUGUGGGUUUGUAAUGCUUGCCAAAUGCAAUGAGCCAGGAUGCCAAAAUUCUGAUACCCUAUUUUUUGUGACAUUGGUGUCAGUUGAAGCAUGUGUUACUUGGCCCUACUGGUUAAACAAAUAUGGUGGCUGACUUCUCAUUCUGUAGAUGCUAGUCUUACAGUUCCUAUUCUUUAGAGUAGAGCCUCCUGUCUUCCAGCAUGCUAUCGAAAAGAGCCCUAGUUCACUGUGUAAGCAGUGGUCUCUGCAAGAGCAUACUGUCCUCUGCAGAGACCACUGCUUCCAUGCAGGGAGCAAGGGUGGGGUGUGGGUUUUUUUUUGUUUCUCUUCUACAGCAUGCUGGUACAGUCAAACAUUCCUCUGCAGAGGUCCCUGUAAGUUGAGCUUUGCAAGUAGCAUGAGCUUUAAUUGCAGGGGUGUGUCGGCUGCAGAACAGUUUUCGCACAAGGGUCCUUCUCUACAGUAAGGGGUCAGGAUUUACUAUUUGGGCUGCUCUGCUUUUUUUCAAGGCUUGGUUCAAACUUGCAAUCGAACAAAAAUUUGUUUCCAUGCAUUGUGUAGGGCAGCCAAUUCAUAAAGGGGUUGUAAAGGUCCAAAUUUUUUAUUUUUUUUCCCCCUAAAUGGCUUCCUUUCCCUUAGUUCCUUCACU